AUGGAUAGAAAGACAUCCUACAAACUACCACCCACGACGAUUAGAGACAAGCUUGUUUCGCAAGAAAUCAGGAGAAACAAGGCACUUGAGGAACAAAGACGUCGUAGAGCGAACAAAAUCGAUUCCGCACGCCAACUUGAUCUUUUCGCUGAUCUCAAUUUGGGACCCUCGGACGAUGAAGACGCCAAGAUUGACGAGGAGGACACUCAAGAACCGGAAAUCAGGCCUGAUCCUGGUUCAAUUGCACAUUAUGCAGCUAUGCUCAAGGUUGAACCUGAAGAUGCUAUCAGUGCAUCCCCGUCGACAGCGACCAUCGAUACACGUGUUCCAGUGCCACUCAACACCGACACGCCAAUUGAAACUGAGACGUCGAAGUCCACAGGCAAGAAAAAGUCAAGAGGCGGUCCUAAUAGGCAAAAGCGACGGGCGAAAAAAGCUAGCAAAUGGGCUGAUCGAUGCAUGUAUGCUGAACUUCUCGAAAUGAGUGCUGACGAUCCUUGGGUCUCAUCCGACCAGAGCAAUGCCAACGCAUUCAAUGAUGGAUUACCGAGUGACUUAGAGAGUGCUUGGGUUGCGGUUGCGCCCGUUCCAGUUGGAAAAAGGUGUCUGGCAGUAACUCAACAAUCAGCAGGUGUUGCAGGUGUGGUGCCAAAUACCACUUUACGCUCACGGUUACUCGGAAAAACUCUCCUCCCUCGAUUCCCCUCGAAUCUACCACCUCUCACUGUUUUAGACUGUAUUUUAGAUGAUAAAUGGCGCGAAAACGGGAUUCUGCAUGUUCUCGAUGUGGUGAAGUGGAAAGGCCAGGACGUAGCAGAUUGUGAGGCAGGCUUUCGAUUUUGGUGGCGUGAUACGCGCCUCGCUGAAUUGGCGCAGUCAUCGCCUCCGUCUUCCAUAAACUUUCUUCUGAAUCAAAAAGCCUCCUCAUCAACAUCUGCUGAGUGUUUUCAAAAAUAUCUCUUCCCCUAUCCAACAACCUUCAUUCCUGUACCCUAUCAUGCCACCACCACACUGUCCGCUCUCGACAACAUCAUCAUUCCGGCAGCGAGAAGUUGGCGCCAGGUCAGUAUAUCUGUUCCAACUUCAUCAAAUUGGAAUGGUCUCGGUGAAGGAGGCAUGGAGAUUGAGCCUUCGGGCUCCUUAAAUGCACACAUUCCCUUUCAACCGCAUAUAGCGCUAACAUCGACGGAGACUGCUAUCAAACCAGACGGAAUGCUUCUUUACGUAGCUGAAGCGAGCUACGAACCUGGGACAAGUCCUUUGAGUAGCUGGAUUCCGAUUCGGGGAUAUGACAUUGACGGUGAAGAAAACGUUCAUCGAGAAAGCGUAUCUCAGGAUGCACAAAUUUGCGCCAGUCACAGGGAAAUACCCGAAGGACCCCUCGAUCUGUUCCAGAGGUGCGUGGUCGUCCUUUUUGUACUUCGUUCAAGUCCUCAUUUUGAACUUGUUUUUGAGGCUGGUGCGAAGACGACUGACCAUGCAACUUUCUACUGGAAUGACGUGCCAGCAAUCCUCUCCUUUUGGAGUAUUGGCGGUAAACACUCCAGGAGGCGGGGCGUCUAUGGUUUCUAA